AGACUAGAUAUUUAUAGACACUCAGCCAACUCAUCAUACCACGAAACCUCGAUUCCAAGAAGAAGUGGGUUUCAUUCAGUCAGCAUAAACUUAAAUUUUGGCAUAUAUUUAGAUCAUAUAUUUAGUAGACAUUUUGCCAGUGUACACAUCAAUACUAAAUAAUCUGCAUGAGAGAUAGCUAUUUUUCCCCUAAAAUGUAAACAAAACAUAUGAAAGUAAAAAAGGAAGCACUGUAAAAAUAAGUUGAUUUCACGAAUAUGUACACAAACAACCCCAAUAUUUCUAAAAUUGUACAGUUUUGCCUGCUGUACACAGUACACUGAACCUCUAUCAUGCACUAUACUCAGUGAUUUGUCUAUUUAAUCAAUCUUGGGAAUUAUUUGUAGUGUCGAAUUUGAUCAAAGAGGAGUGUUGCUCUUCCUUCAAAAUAUCCUGGAGACCAUGUUCAACUGCAACCUGGAGAACCCCUGGACGAAUCAGUCAUAGAAAGGUUUCACUCUGCGCAGAAUCGGGCGAGUUCUGACGAAGAGAAACUAGAUCUGAUGCAGGGUCUGCUGGAUUACAUGAACGGAGUACCUGUAUACCUUCCAACCACUCUUAACACUGCCCCAGAGUACACUCUAGAAGAGUUGCACAAUGCUGAGCUAAACUCCAACUCUGUUGAUGAUCAGCUGAUUAUACAGAAGAUGAUAAUAAACAAGAUGGCCGGAUUCCAGCUGUAUGAAGUGCCGUUUAUAACUAUUCCAGAUAAGACUGAGGGAAAAUCUGCUUCAGCUUGGGGGGACACCCAGCAAAGUUCAGGAUUGAAGUAUGUUGUCAACUCUAGUAGCAACAAUAGUACUGACGGAACCAGCUUUAGUAUAACCACUGAUGUAGCUUCUUCAAUCGGAGUUGAACCCUCGGAAGUAGAACCUGAAUCAGCAACAGAAGUUUUAGACAAUAUAACUUCUGAAGAUUCAUCAAUUGAUCCGGACAAUAUUGAACCUAAACCCGAAGAUUUGACAAUGAUUUAUGAAACGACUGUUAUGGAAACUGAAGGCUCUACCGUAGAAGAAAUCACAUCCAACAUGUGUGAUUGUGCUACUAGUGCCACUGCUAAUGCUAUGAACAACAAAGAGCCGCUGAACCAAUCAGUGAUUACCAGUAUGCUAAAGGCUCAGAUAUCUGCUACUUCUACUAAAGAAAAAUCGAAAUUAGUUCAAGAGUUGCUGAAGUAUGUUUCUGGAAAUCCAUCCUCAUCUACAUCGAUAUCAGAACAAUCAGUCACUGAAAUCUUGAUGUCACAAAUCAACUUGAUUGAGGAACAGCUAAAGGUUCAUAAGUUAAUGAUUUCUACAAUGGUUGGAUGUAAAAUACGAACAGAGGGUACAAAGGUUCCCAAGGAAACUGAAACUAUGCCACUUGUGGCUGCUCCUGCUCCAGAAGAAGUUGUUUCUGUUCCAGAGGAGGUUGCUCCUAUUCCAGAAGAAGUUGUUCCUGUUCCAGAAGAAGUUGAUCCUGUUCCAGAGGAAGUUGUUUCUGUUCCAGAAGAAGUUGUUUCUUUUCCAGAAGAAGCUGUUUCUGUUCCAGAAGAAGUUGUUUCUGUACCAGAAGAUCCUGUUUCUGCUACAGAAGAACCUGUUUCUUUUACAGAAGAAGGUAUUCCUGCACCUGCUGUUUCAAAUCCCCCAGAAAUUGUUUCAAAACCUGUUUCUCCUCCUGCAGAGAUUGUUGCUGUUCCUACAGAAUCUGUGUCUUCCAGUUCCACAGAAGUUUUUCCACCUGGAAGUUUGAAUUCGUCCAGUAUUCUUGAAAAGCUUGUAGGAUAUUUAAGUGUAAAACAAGCCCAAGAGUCAUAUUAUGUCCAUGAAGCAGUUGGUUUAGAGUCUGCUUUGAUCAAGUUUCUGGGACUAAACUAUUCUAAGACCCCUAUGGUGAAUAUAAACAUAAACGUUGGGUACAACAGUGAGUUGUCUUCUGGAUCUAGUUCAGAGGAGAAGGUUACACUAAUACCCUCAGCUCCAUCUUCACACUCUUCAUCAGUUCCAUCUUCACCUUCUACAUCAGUUCCUUCGACACACUCUCCAUCAGCUCCUUCAACACACUCUACAUCAGUUACUCCAUCACCUUCUCCUCUAGCUCCUUUGGAACCUUCCCCAUCAGUUACUUCUACAUACACAGCAUCUGAGGUUCCCUACACCACACCUUCCCCUGCACCCUAUCCCUCUAUCAUAUCUUACACCACAACACCUCUGACAUCCACUGCGUCAUCUUCCAAUUAUGAAAUGCCUGUUAUAGCAACAACAUUUUCUACGGCUUCAACAGCUGAGACAACAACAUCUAAUACCUUCACAACUUCACCGCUAAUAAAACCAGAGUCUUCAACGCCUUCUCCCGUAGUUUUUCCGGUUUACCUUCCAGCUUCUGUUCCUUCUAUUGUUCCAACUAUCAGCUUUAACCCCAUCGAGACCACAUUUAUAACAUCAGAAUCUAUUUCUGGAAUUUCAAGCAAACCUAAACCUGUUUCACAAGGUCCCCUUCCCCUUACUACUGAGGGAUUCCAAACCAGCCAAGUAGUAGAAAGUAAUGUGCAACCUGGUCAAUCUACUGUUUUGACAAAUACAAUAAUAAACCAGCAGCAGCAGUAUCAGCUACACCUCCAACAACAGCAACAGCAACUUCAACAGCAGCAACAACAGCUGUUAAACCAGCAGCUGUAUCUCCAGAAUCUUCAGCAGAAUCAAAACCAAGAAACCCCCCAACAGCAACAUAUUCAACAACAAUUUCAAAAACAGAAUCAAAAACCUCAGCAGCACCUCCAACAACAGCAACAGGAAAACCAGUUCAAUAAACAGAAGUAUCAACAACAGCUCCAAACCCAGCUAAAUCAACAGCUUCAGAAUCAACAACAGCCACAAGAGAACCAGCUUAAUCAACAGGUUCAGAAUCAACUGCAGCAGCAAGAAACCCAGCUCAACUCAACUAAACAAGAAGAACAGCAAGUAGAGAAAGUAUCAACUAAGCCACUACAAAUUACCACAACCUCAACAGUAGAGUACACUAUAGAGCAGCUAAUUGAAGCUCAAAAGAACACACAAUCCAAGGAAAAACAAGCAAUUAUACAGAAAAUGAUCAUCAAUAAAAUGUCUGGUUAUGAGGUGUACAAAGUUCCUGUGAUUACUCUUACUAAUAUUCAGUUAAAUCCACAGACCAAGCCAGGAGAAACCUCUAAUGUGCAAGGAACCGGUAGUUCUGGAUCAGGUUCUAUUCUUCAGGGAAGUGGAAGUGCUAAUUCAGGAUCAAGUACCUCUCUGAAAGAAAGUGGAAGUUCACAAGCUACCUCAGGAUCAAGUGCCUCUCUACAUGGAAGUGGAAGUGCACAAACAAACUCAGGAUCAAGUGCUUCUCUGCAAGGAAGUGGAAGUGCACAAGCUAACUCAGGAUCAAGUGCCUCUCUGAAGGGAAGUGGAAGUGCACAAGCAAACUCUGGAUCAAGUGCUUCUCUGAAAGGAAGUGGAAGUGCACAAGCGAACUCAGGAUCAAGUGCCUCUCUGCAAGGAAGUGGAAGUGCACAAGCUAACUCAGGAUCAAGUGCUUCUUUGAAAGGAAGUGGAAGUGCACAAGCUAACUCAGGAUCAAGUGCCUCUCUGCAAGGAAGUGGAAGUGCAGGGCAGGGCAUAACUCUGUUUGCCAAUUCUAACUCUGGAACUGGAACAACAAGUGGAGGAGCUUCUGCAGGUGCAAAUGCUGGGACUAGUUCAGGAAUUAAUGUUCAAGCAAAUGCAGGAUCUGAUAGUUCUCCUACCAGUGGAGGAUCUAACAAAGGGACAGGACUCAAUACUGGUAGUAGCUUUAAUACUGGAUCAGCAAUGCUUACUGGAGCGGGAUCUAAUACUGAAACAGGGUUUAAUAUUGGAGGAGGAGAUAAUAUUGGAGCUGGAUUUAAUGGAGGUUCUUCAUUCAAUACUGCAACUAGCUUUAACCCUGGCACAGCAAUAAAUACUGGAGCGGGAUCUAACACUGGAACAGGGUUUAAUAUUGGAGGAGGAGGAGGAAAUAGUGGGGUAAAGUUUAAUGGAGGUUCUUCAUUCAAUACUGGAGAAUUCAAUGGAGGUUCUUUAUCCAAUAUCAAAGGAUUAAAUGGAGGCUCUUCAUCCAAUUCUGGAGGAUUUAAUGGAGGUUCUUUAUCCAAUACUGGAGCAUUCAAUGGAGGCUCUUCAUCCAAUACUGGAGCAUUCAAUGGAGGUUCUUCAUCCAAUACUGGAGGAAUAAAUGGAGGUUCUUCAUUCAACAAUGGAGAGUUUAACCAAGGAGCAGGAAUUUUAGCAGGAGGCGGAAUUAAAACUGGAGCAGGGGCUGGAGGUAUUAAUUCCGCUUCAGGAUUUUUUACCGGAUCAGGAGUCACAAAAGGAACAGGAGCGAGUAAUGGAGCAGGGAUUUUAACAGGAUCUGUAGUCAAACCUGGGUUAGGGUUCAAUACAGGAGCACAGUUUAAUGCUGGGUUAGGGUUCAAUACUGGAUUCAAUACAGGCUCAGGAAUAAAACCUGGAUCAGGGAUCCAAUCUGGAGUAGGAUUCAAUUCAGGAUCAGGGGCAAAUUUUGGAGAAGGAGUGAAUGCUGGUUCAGCGUUCAAUAAAGGAUCUGGAUUUAAUGGUGGAUCAGGAAUUAAUUUUGGAUCAGGAAACAAUGGAGAAUCAGGAGUUAAUUCUGGAGGAGCGAUAAUGACAGGAGGAAUAAAGCAUGGCUCCGGAUUUGUUACUGGAGCAGGAGUCAACACUGUGGAAAAUAAUCACCUUUCUGCUAAUGCUAAUUCUGGGGCAAAUAAUGCGCAAGUGGCUGGAAAUAUUGGUUGGUCGGUUAAUGCUGGUUCUGCACCAAAUUCACAUAUUAAAAGCACUGGAAGUGGAGCCAACCUCCAUACAAAUUCAGAUUCAGCAGCUUCUGCAGUAAUCAAUGGCAAUGGAGCUAUUGCAAAUGCCAAUUCAGAUUCAGCAGCUUCUGCAGCUAUUAAUGGCAAUGAAGCCAACCUCAAUGCUAAUUCAAAUUCAGUAGCUUCUGCAGCUAUCAAUAGCAAUGGAGCAACAGCCAAUGCUAAUUCUAAUUCUGAGGCAAGUGCACAAUUCUCAGGUGGAUCUGGAGUCAACUUAAGCGCAAAUUCAAAUUCUGCUGCUAGUGUAAAUAUUAAUUCCAAUCAAAACAUCAAUGCUGCAGCAAAUGCUGACUCUAGUGCAGACAUCAACCUCAAAGAACGCAGAAGAAGGUUCUGGAGAAAUUGAAAUCUUAAUAUUUUAAAUUUACAUUUUUAUCUGUAACACAUGAACUUUUUAUGGUUAUCAAUAUAUAUUAAACAUAUGUAAA